AUGGCCCGGGCCGAGCGGCUGCGGAACAAGCUGGUGGAGCGCUGCGAGCGGAUCCAGCUGCAGAGCGCGGCCAUCGCCCGGCACGUGGACGAGGUGCUGCCGGCCAAGGACCAGGGAGUCCUGAGCGCGGCCAGCGCGGCGCGGGAGCUGGUGAUCCAGAGGCUGCUCCUCGUGGGGAAGGCCUGUGAGAACGAGGAGCAGCGGCUGCUCGAGAGGGUGCACGCCGAGGAGGAGCGGGCACACCAGAGCAUCCUCACCCAGCAGGUGCACUGGACAGAGGCUCUGCACAAGCUGGGUGCCCUCCGCACCUACCUGGUGGACACGAUCACCAAGCUGGAUGACCAGGGCCUGCUGCGUGCAGAACAAGAGAUCUUCGAGAGGACGGAGGUGGCGGAGGGAAUCUUGGAGCCACAGGAGUCCCUGAAGUUAAACUUUAAUCAGACCUGUGUUCAGAGUCCACUGCUGCAUCGACUGUGGGCCUGUGCUGUGCUCUGCUGCCUCACAGGCUCACAGGAGAUUCACAUCGAUGAGAAAACCCUAAGCCCCCACCUCAGCCUGUCAGAAGACAAGAGAACCCUGACCUUCAGGCCCAAGAAAGCAAAAGUGGACUUGGACUGCCCCGAGCGGUUUGACCACUGGCCCAACGCUUUGGCCACUGCACCUUUCCACUCAGGGGUCUGUGCCUGGAAGGUCAGUGUGGAGCAGAGCUGUGCCUACAAGCUGGGAGUUUGCUACAGCUCCGUGCCCAGGAAGGGCUCAGCCAACGAAGGCCGCCUGGGCUUCAAUGCUGCCUCCUGGGUGUUCUCACGCUAUGACAAAGAAUUCCGGUUCCUGCACGCGGGGCAGCCCCAGCCCGUGGAGCUGAUCAAGGCCCCGGCAGAGAUCGGGGUCCUGCUGGACUUUGCUGGGGGGGAGCUGCUCUUCUACGACCCCGACUCCUGCGCCAUCCUCUUCUCCCACCGCCAGGCCUUCCUGGAGCCCGUCUACCCCGUCUUUGCCGUGGCACACCAGAGCAUCUCGCUCCUCCCAUGAGCGGGGUGUGGCCGUGUGUGACUGUGUGCCCGGGGGGAAAGGAGCCUGAGCAGGGCUGUGGCUGUGUCCAGGGGCCUCCAGACAACACUUGCCUUCACACUA